CGCUACUCCGCCGGCCCCGAUUCAUCGGUGGGUGCUGAACAUGGACUACCUCAGCAAUCUCCCCGAUCCCCUUCUCCUCCACAUCCUCUCCUUCCUCUCCACCCACAACUCCGUCCGCACCUCCGUCCUCGCCCGCCGAUGGCGCAGCCUGUGGUCCUCCGUCCCCGCCAUCCGCUUUCAUUACGAAGAUUUCCAUCCGGAGGCCGUGUCGAGAGCCGACGCGAUUGUCCAUCGAUUCAUCGCCUCCCGCAGAGACUCUUCCGCUGUUUUUUCUCUUUCUAUCGACUUGGACCAUCUAUCAUGCCCGGAAAACUGGAUCGACUAUGCCAAAUCCCAUGGCGCUCGAGCGGUGACCCUCUACCUCUGCUAUUGUCCUCGGCAAUCUCCUAUAUUCUCCGCUCUGUUCAAUUGGCCAUCGCUCUUGACACUAGAUUUACAAUUCGACGUUGGUUGGCCUCCGGUUGACAUUCCUCCCGAAUGCAUCGCCUUGAGCAAUCUCAAGAAGCUUGUCCUUACAGGUGUGUUCUCGGAGGAGUCCGUGCGAAGGCUGCUCGCUUGCUGUCCUAACCUAGGAGAACUGUCGUUGGAUGUAUCAGAAUGUUAUGGUGCCGCUCUCGAAAUUGCAGUACCGAAUCUUCGCAAAUUGGCCCUUACAGGCACUCUGAGCAAGACGCGUAUCAAUUGUCCGAUUCUUGAAUCUUUAUGCAUUGGAAGCAGUUCUUAUCUUGAAGAGUUCUAUGUCUACGCGCCCUCUCUGGUCUGUGUUCAUCUUGGUUUAUUUCGAUCCUGCCAUCCAUUAUCUUCGAGUCUAUGCAAUGUGGCAGAGCUAGGCAUAUCUCUUCUAAGUCUUCCUGCUGACCUGGUGGAGGCUAAGUCUAUGAUAGAAAGCUUCAAAUUGUUUCAUAAAAUAAAGAGCUUGAGGGUCCAUUUGCAUCUUCUUGAGGAGUUUACCAUGCAAUUGCUCUUUCUUUUUCUUCUAGAGACUCCAAAUCUCCGCUUACUCCAUUUAAUGGACGAAAAAGAUGAAAAGGAGCCAUUUUCGCCAUUCUCGCAUAUGUAUGAUGAUCAGAGUGAGUCCUUGCAAAUUAUGCCCGCCAAGUGUUUCAAUAAUCUCAAAUUAGUUUUGGCCCAAAUCAAAUCUGAAAGCGCUCGAUCAACAUUCUUGGAGAUGCUAUCCGAGAGAGUUCAAGCAUGGGACAAAGUAGUUGUGAGUGCAGGUUUAAACAAUGAAAGAUCUACUUAUUGCAUACUCUCCAAUCAGAAGGGUAAUAAUAUGUGUAUCCAUCUAUGAAAUCCACGAAAGCUUCGUAGUUCUUUGGAACUUCUGAAUGUUGCGAAGAAACCAAUUAGCAGAGAAGAUGAAUAGGAAUUAAUUCAUCCAAUGAUCAUACCUUCAGCAAAUGCUAUUUUUUCCUGUGAAAAAAUACUGGCGAAGGCUCCAACUCCAACUAAAAUCUGCCUUCUCCUUGAAUAACCUGCAGAAUAGAUCGAUUCGAUGUCAGGAAUCAAGUGGAAGCGAUUUGAGAGGAUUUCUCUGGAGGCAUUCGUUCAUUUGAAUCAUCACAAAAGGGUGUAGGAAAACACAGAGAAUAGAGAAUGUUGAGAACACACAACGUUAAAAUGUUAGAUGAUAUGUUCAUAUGCAGACCGCAGGAGCAUUGAAUCAAAAUAUAACUUCGGAGUUCAAUUUGGCGCGCACCGUUCUCAGCCAGUGAAACGCCUUUAGAGCUCGCCUUGAUUGUUAAAACAGGAGAUCGGGAGUUGACGCCGGAGCCGGCGACUGCAAACUGCAUGCAUGAAACAGAAGGCUUUGAAUUAAAACUUCAAGUGGACAUAUUUAGCUGCAGGCAAGACGACAUGGAUUACUUGGUUG